CCGAGGGUGACUAGACUUGCGGUGGGCUUCCAGGGCUCCGCCGCGCUGCCGGCUGCGCUGCCUGGGUCCAGGAGGGCGGAAGUGCAGCAGGGCUCGGCUCCGACCUCCGUGCCGGUGCUUUCUGCGGCUGCGCGGGCCCUGGGGGACUGCUGCUCCGGCUCCUCUGCAGGACACAGUGUGUCAGGCGGGCAGCCUGCCCUGCCUCCCCGCCGGAGCUCGGCAGUCUUGUGUCUCCAUCGCUGCGGGAAGCCGGAGGAGGAGCCGGCGCUUCGGGUAGGUUUGGCUUUGGUUGAACAAAGAAUUUAGCCUAUAUGUACUGCUUUAACCACUGGAAGAAUGACAGAUGACAAAGAUGUGCUUCGAGAUGUGUGGUUUGGACGGAUUCCAACUUGCUUCACUCUGUGUCAGGAUGAAAUAACUGAAAGAGAAGCAGAACCAUACUAUUUGCUAUUGCCAAGAGUAAGUUAUUUGACGUUGGUAACUGACAAAGUGAAAAAGCACUUUCAGAAGGUUAUGAGACAAGAAGACAUUAGUGAGAUAUGGUUUGAAUAUGAAGGCACACCACUGAAAUGGCAUUAUCCAAUUGGUUUGCUAUUUGAUCUUCUUGCAUCAAGUUCAGCUCUUCCUUGGAACAUCACAGUCCAUUUUAAGAGUUUUCCAGAAAAGGACCUUCUGCACUGUCCAUCUAAGGAUGCAAUUGAAGCUCAUUUUAUGUCUUGUAUGAAAGAAGCUGAUGCUUUAAAGCAUAAAAGUCAAGUAAUUAAUGAAAUGCAGAAAAAAGAUCACAAGCAGCUGUGGAUGGGAUUACAAAACGUUUGUCUGUCUGGGUCCAGUCAGGAGAUAGAAACCACACAGUGGGUUAAACAGGACAGAUUUGACCAGUUUUGGGCCAUCAAUCGCAAACUCAUGGAAUAUCCUGCAGAAGAAAGUGGAUUUCGUUAUAUCCCGUUUAGAAUAUAUCAGACGACGACUGAACGACCUUUCAUUCAGAAGCUGUUUCGUCCUGUGGCUGCAGAUGGACAGCUGCAUACGCUUGGCGAUCUCCUCAAAGAAGUGUGUCCUUCCGCACUUGCUCCCGAAGAUGGGGGAAAAAAGAAUCAAGUGAUGAUUCAUGGAAUCGAGCCAAUGUUGGAAACUCCUCUCCAGUGGCUGAGUGAGCAUCUGAGCUACCCGGAUAACUUUCUUCAUAUUAGUAUCAUCCCACAGCCGACAGAUUGAAGGAUCAGCCGUUUUGCCUGAACGGAAUCACCCUAAGCUGACCGGAGCAUGUCACCCUUCUGCUGCAAUCAGGUUCGGUGGAGGCACCCUGACCAGAAACCCUGGGCUGCUGUGAGCCAAACAGGAACAAGAUUCCCUGGGCGAUAAGGCGGUCGGGCUGCUCUGACUCUGCAUCAUCAUGGCUUUCCUCCACUGCCGUCAGGAACCCUCAGCUGCGACAGGAACGCCCUCAGAGGACCCUGCAGGCCCCCGUCUGCUUGGAAAGCCUCAUGAAGCUGCAACCCUGGGCCUGAGACAAAAUGGAAAUGUGUGCCACUCGAUGUGUAUUUCUGAUUAACAAACAAACAGGGGUAUUUCCUAAGGUGACCAUGGUUGAACGUUAGCUCCAGAGAGUGGAAACAUUGGUUUAAUUUUCAAGAGAAUUAGACUUAAGAAAGUAAAAGAGAAAUUCUGUUAUCAAUAACUUGCCGUAAUUUUUUGUAAAAGAUCAAAUUACAGUAAACCCAUCUUUCCUUAAUGAAAAUUUCCUAUGUUUACAGUCUGUCUCUUGGUAUGCAAACAAUCUUGUAACUUUGAUAAUGAACAGUGAGAGAUUUUUAAAUAAAACCUCUAAAUAUGUUUUGUCAUUUAAUAACAUACGAUUUUGUCACUUUUCAACUACUUUCUGACUCACGUACAGCAGAUCAUUUUUACUUGUAUGUGUUACCAUUUUCACAAGUCAUCAGUGGCAUGGGCUGGAUCCAGGGCACGAGGGUAACUUGUCUCAGGAGCUGUCAGAGAACUUCCUGCUGCCGGUCGUAAAAUCUGUGUCUUUACACACUAACGGUAUAAAUAAUGUAACUGUCUCUCUGUGCCGUUUCAUCACUGUAAAAACUUGUCAAAUCUUAGUAUGCUAAGCAUCUGUAUGAGAGCACUUUGCAUUUUGGGGAGGAAACCCAUUCCUUUCCAGACUAGUGCUUUUCAUUGGCUCCAGGUCUUCUAUGUCCCUGUGGUCCCCUGGUAGCCAGUCUUGCACACAGUCUAAGGAUUACCUGUCUCCUGACUGGCAGUGCCGUUUCUUUCCAACAUCACCAAAAAUACCCAGGAGUUCCUGGAGCUCUUACACGAUGGAAGGCAAGUCUGCGGCACUUUCUCACUCAGCUGCUGGGCUUCUACCAGCUGGACCUCCCUGUGCUUCUGAUGUGGUUCCUCGUAAGUUGGCUUGCUGUCCAUGCUGAAUGUUGAGCAGUUUGAAAAUGCUGAAAGACUUACACUAUCAUACAAUAAUGGGUUUGGAUUCCAUAAUAAAAAUGAAUGUUUUUCUUAUAAAAAAUUAUAUGAAUGUUGAAGAAAGAUCCUGCUACUAGUGCUCAUUGCUUCCUUGCUUUUUUCCUUUUUGUGAUCACUGCUGAUUAGGAGCAAAUUUACACACAGGAUGAGAUCACAUUGUCCAAAGAUGAGAUAUUCUGGGAUGGAAAUCAAAAGAAAUAACAUAAGGUGUCAAUUACAGAAAAAUAGAAACAAGCAGAAAAAAAAAAUCAGCCGACGUAAAUGUAAGUGCCAUUUUAGUAAAGGCAGGAAAAAUAGCAAUAUUUGAGUUACGUAAAGAAAAAAAAAAAAUCCACUGACUUGUAGUUUCGCAAAAGAGGCUGGUCUGAAUCUGAUUGCUCACAUUAAAAGUGCUCAGGUCUCUGGGGUGUAGGGAUUUUCCCCCUUUAUGUUUUGACAGACUGAUGCUAGCCUUGGCAAAUAGAAGGGCCGAGAUGCCAGAGGUUGCAAAGUGAUGAGGGAGAACUUGUGGUCACUGACGACCCCCAGUGGGAGGUCUUUGCAGGGGGCUGGAGUGAGCUACUGAGUGUUUCCUCCAGAUUUGAAAGUAAAUUUGCUUUUUUUUUUUUUCUUUCACUUGAGCAUUAUACCAGCAUUGUAAUUAUUCUAAUCGUAGGCAAGUCAAGCCUCUACUACCCCAGAAGAAUAAAAACAAAGUUUUGUGCU